AUGCCUGGUAUCACCUGGGACGCUGAGGCUGAUCGCAAGAUCUUGCUCGCUAUCUUGAGAGACCCCGAGUCCUCCGCCAACAUCAACUGGGAAGUCCUCGCUGCUGAGCUCUCCACCGACACUGUUACCUGUACUAUCGGAGCUCUGAAGAAGCACAUUUCUCGCAUCAAGAUCGCCGUCAAGGACGUCAACAGUGAUGGCUCUGACUCAGCUCCCAAGACUCCCGCUCCCAAGAAGGGAAAGGCUAAGGCCAACGGUACCGCGGGAUCCUCUGCUGGACCCAAGUCCAAGGGCAAGGGCAAGUCUGCUUCCAAGCGCAAGGUCUCUGAUGACUCGGAUGAUGACGACGAAGGUACCCCUCUGACCAAGAAGCUCCAGAAGGCCGCUCCUGGUCAAGAAGAACUGAAGGUCAAGACUGAGGGCGACGAUGAUGAGGAAGAAUAG